AUGUUGUCCAUCAGCCGCAGCUCCACUCCGACAACGGGACCAUCGGCCUCUGCACGAAAGUUCAAGCUGGUCCUGCUGGGCGAGAGCGGCGUCGGCAAGUCGUCUGUCGUGCAGCGCCUGAUGAGGAACGCCUUCAGUGCGAGGCCGCACAGCACUGUCGGCGCCUCUUUUUUUCGUUAUACGUGCAGCGUGGCGGACGGCACGGCUGUCCACUUUGACAUAUGGGACACUGCGGGGCAGGAGCGCUUCAGGAGCCUGGCCGCCAUGUACUACCGCGGUGCCGCAGCGGCGCUCGUCGUCUUCGACAUCGUCUCCGCCGAUACGUACGAGAGAGCAAAGCACUGGGCCCGAGAGCUGCACAUCAACUCCCCAGAGACGCUUGUGAUGCUGGUCGGAAACAAGAAGGACUUGGAGAGUGAACGGCAGGUGCCUGUGGAAGAGGCGCAACAAUGCGCGGCGGAGAUGGGUGCCAUGUACCAUGAGACUAGCGCACGCAGCGGCGACGGGGUACAGGAGGCGUUUCACGCCGUCGCUGCGAAGCUGAUUGAAACGAACAGCAGCGUCAACGUGCGCGAGGGUGGUGUCUUGGGCCACACAGAGAACGCGGUACCGCGUCAUGGAAGUGAAUGCUGCUAG